AUGUUUGGUAGUCGUGGGAGACAUUCACACUACCAACAAACGAAUCGAUCUUACUAUGGCAUCUUACUUCUGCUAGCAGAAUUAAGUCAUUCAUCACAUUUACCACCAGUCACACUCGCUGUUAUCAUUCUUAAUGUUCUAAUUUAUUUCGAUAUUUUUCCACUAUUCGGUUUCUCAAGUAACCUCCAGUCUGUUUGUGUCAGUACACAUGCAGUGCUUGAUCAAGGAGAUUAUAUGCGAAUAUUGCUAGCACCGCUAUUCCAUGGUGAUGAUAUGCAUCUGUACUAUAACAUGGCAUCAUUUCUAUACAAAGGUCAACAUGUUAACUGUCUUAUCAAGUUUAAUGUUAGUCAUCCUUGGUCAAGUAGCGUCGAUGCAGUGAUAUUUGCACUGAAAGUGAUCACAACUCAUUACACACCUGCUUACAGUUCGAAUUCAUUUCUUGGAAAUUUUAUUCCAAUUUCGACGAAAUAUGCUGUUUGGGUUGAACUGAUUGUGAUUCAAUUGAUUACACCAAACGUUUCUUUUCUUGGUCAUUUGGCAGGAAUUCUGGUUGGUCUUCUAUACAUAAACGGUCCCGUUCGAUACAUAUAUUGUGAAGCAGAUGCUAAGACUUAUGAUGAUUUAUUGGAUUAUAUUGCACUUGUCUCGGAUUCAGAAACGAUGAUAAUGAUAACAUCGACAAAAUCCUUCACGGCGAUACACGAUCGAUCUGAUAUAAAUGACUUUUUAGCUGAAUUAGUGCUAAUCAUGAAAGGAUUGGUGACUUUAGUAACCGGUGGUGCAGCUGGCUUAGGUCUCGCUUGUGCCAAACGUUUCGCUCGACAAGGUGCUCGCGUUAUUAUAUGUGAUUUAUCAUCAUCGAAAGGCAGUGAAAUCGUCAACCAAUGGUCAACUGUCUACGCCUCAUCUUCCAAUAUUGCAAUCAAUGAACCCGAUGAAAAGCUAAUAUCAAAUGCAUCUGAAUCAAAAGUGAAUGAUGCAAAUAGUAAUACGCAAGUAGAUUCUACACCAACCAAACCGAUAUUUCUUGGAGCAGAUGUAACUAAUGAGGAACAAGUUAGGAUUAUGAUGGAAAGUAUCAAACAAAAAUAUGGACGACUUGAUGUAUUACUUAACUGUGCAGGAAUCGGCAUUGCUCUUCGAACCUAUAACAUAAAUAAACAUUCUCUUCAUGAUCUCAGUGAAUUUAAUCGUGUACUGAACGUAAAUGUAUGUGGUACAUUCAAUACUAUUCGUUGGGCCUGUCAUAUUAUGGCCGAUAAUUCGCCGAAUUCCGAAGGACAGCGUGGUGUGAUUGUCAAUACGGGAUCAAUUGCUGCAUAUGAAGGUCAAAUUGGACAAGUCGCAUAUGCUGCUUCCAAAGGUGCAAUUGUUUCGAUGACUUUACCAUUAGCCCGCGAUCUUGCCAGUAUGGGUGUACGAGUUUGUGCAAUUUCGCCCGGUGUUUUUCAUACACCCGUGCUUGCAGCUUUGCCCGAAAAGAUUCGAUUUCUACUGGGAAAUAUGGUGCCAUUCCCGCGACGACUAGGUAAAUCCGACGAUUUCGCACGUUUAGCACAGACAAUUGUAGAAAAUCCGUAUUUGAAUGGUGAAGUUAUUCGUUUGGAUGGAGCGCUUCGCAUGCCACCACUAUCGCGAACAUUCUUUUCAUGCUUCACUUUUCUAAAUAUCAACCGGAUUGUUUUUAGAUACAUUCUUCUUCUCUCCUUGCAAGAGUAUCGUCCAAUAUGCUCUCAAUCCUCGGUAAAACUCGAACUUCAUCCAAUGUCGUCUCUUCAUUAUUCGUCAAUUCUUACUCCAGAUAAUAAGAUCCCAUCGUCGAAAACUCUCUCAUUGUUUGCACCAACAGUUGAUGAAGUGAAUCUUGUUAGUUCAUUCUCACAGUGGAAACCAAUAUCGUUGAAAAAAGACGUGGAAACAGGUGUAUUCCAAAUGCCGCCCUCUCCACAUAUCGAUGAUGGUGAACAUGAAUAUAAAUUCUCGAUUCGGAAACAUGCCAAGCAAAAGUAUUGGACAUCAGUCAUCGAUCCUUACGCGGAAAAGUACGAUGCCAAGCAUCACUGUGGACUAAUUACUUUUAAAGAUGGAAAGAAAUACGUCGAACCAUACGAAUGGAAGCACGAUCAUAUCAAAUUACCAGAAAAUGAUCAACUGAUCAUCUACGAACUUUACGUCGCUGAUUUUACGGAUAACGGACAGUUUUCGGGUGUUUUGUCGAAAUUAAACUAUCUUACUGAUCUUGGUAUCAAUGCCAUUGAAUUAAUGCCUAUUCACGAUUAUAUGGGGAAUGAACAUAAUUGGGGGUACUCUCCAACGCAUCAUUUUGCACUGAAAGCAACAUAUGGAACGAAAAAUGAUUUGAAGAAGCUCGUUGACGAAUGCCAUGGACGUGGCAUUCGGGUGUUUCUCGAUGGAGUUUUCAAUCAUUCAAGUUUAGCAUGUCCGUUAGUACUCAUUGAUAAAAACUACUGGUACUAUAAAGACAAGCAUCAUCCCGAGGAUCCUUAUCACUGGGGAGCAGAGUUUAACUACGAUUAUUACGAUGAAGCAUUGAAAUUGAAACCAGCUGUGAAAUAUGCACAAGAUGUUGUUCGAUAUUGGAUUGGAGAAUUUCAUUUCGAUGGCAUUCGAUUUGAUGCUGCCAAACAAAUGGAUAAUUACGAUGUUCUACGCGAAUUAGAUCGUGUCGCUCGGUCCGUUCGUCCAAAUCAACCGUUCUUCAGUCAAGCGGAAUACGUUCCCGAACAAGGAAAUAUUGUCAAAGCAAACAAUGGUCCUGUCGAUGCAUGCUGGUCGUCGACAUUUCAUGGCGUUGUAUGCAAUGCGUUAGUUGAUCAAACCAAAUUUGAAUUAGAUCUUUUAAAAUACGUUAUCAGUGCACCAAAUCUCGUUAACUAUUUAACUUGCCAUGAUAAUGAGCGUCUGAUGUAUUUAAUCGGUCAUCUGGGUAAAGCCUUCAAUGACAAUGCUUUUCAACGUGCAAGGCUGGGCGCGAUCGUACUUAUGACGUCAAUAAGUACUCCGAUGAUAUGGCAAGGCGAUGAAUUUGGUGAAGCAAGACAACUAGGAAGUCCGAAUCAACAUCGAAAAAUCAUUCCUAUGCAAUGGUCUCUGUUAGGAGAAGAGCCCAAUAAAAGUUUACAUCGAACUUUUAAACGGCUAAUCGAAUUUCGACGGACGAUAUUGAAUCAGAAGAAUUACACCAAAGUCAAAUUUAUUUAUGAGAAUGCUGAACAGCGUAUCUUAGCUUAUACGAGAUCGUCAGAUGAAACAGAUGCAGAUAUUGUUAUAGUCCUGAAUUUAUCUGAUCAAUUGAAAAGGGAUAUUGAAAUUGUACAUAGGCAUUCUAACGGCCACUGGGUCGAUUGGUUAACAAGUGAAAAUUAUUCAGUAAAAAAUUCGACGUUCAAGCUCAAUCUCAAACCAUUUGAUGGUAAAGUUCUUCUUAAACACCAUUGA